AUGAACAUUAAGGAAGAAAAAAUAAAACUAAUUCUCUAAUUUUUACGAUAAAUUAAAUAUGAUCAAACUUUCUAGAAACUCUAGGAACAAUCAUAAAUUUAAUUAGAUCCUUAAAAUUUAGAAUUGAUUACUCAAUCUAUUAGAAACUAAGACAUAAUAUAAUUAGAAUAGCUACUCAAUCAAUAUUUAGAUGAAGAAACAAAAUAGAAAUGCAUUUUGAAAGUAUUGGAGCAAAAAUACAUUAAACUACUUAAAUUACACAAUAUUUAGGAGGCAAUCUAACUAUUGAGAAAUUAAAUAACAAUUUAUUGCUCAGACGAAGAAUUAAAGCAUCAAUAUGCUUCUAUGAUAUAUCUUCCAGAACUCAAAGUAAAAUAAGAAUAAGAAUUGAUAGAUGAAAUUAUAUCGUUGUGCUAUAAAUAAAUCGGAUUAAUUGAACCUAAUAGAUUAGUGACCUUAAUACAAUAAUAACAAGCAAAUUAAGUAUUGGAUUGUCAAUUCCAUGUUAAAUUAGAAUAAAAUUACAAUGUUUUUAAAUAGCACACAUGCAAUCCUUAAUUAAAUAUAAUCAAGCAGAAGAAAAAUAUCCUUUUCUGCCUAUUUUCAAUUAAUGGUCAAUAUAAAGCCUUAGUUCAUGGACUCUAAAUUUACUUAUAUUAAUAUGACAACACAAAAAAUGAAUACCAAUAAACUCCGAGGAAAAUAUCAACUGGACAUACUAGUGCGAUUACAUCAAUUAUAUUCUCACCCUGCAGUAAAUACAUUGGAACAUCUUCACAAGAUUUUACAGCCUUUGUGUAUAACAUAUAAACAGAAAAAAAGUAUAGAAUUGAAGGACACAAUGCAGUAGUAUAAUGUUUAAAUUUUGUCUUAUGUGAUUAAUCAAAGAAAAAGUAGAAAAAUGAAUAUGAUAUUUACACUAUUUCUAUAGAUGGAUGGCUUUAUGAAUGGAAUGAAAAUGAAAGGAAGGGAGGAUUAAAAAUUGAGGAAAAAUUGUUGAAAUUACACUCACAUCAACAGAAGGAAUUAAUGCUUUUAACUAGUUAAAAUAAGAUUAGUUUGUAUCAAUUAUAUACAAAAUAAUAAAUAUCUUAGACUUCAACUUCUAACAAUAAUUAGAAUUCAGUCGUAGAUAAAAAUUUUAAUUUUGCCUUAGUUUUCAUAAGUGACACUAUAUCUCAAUUGUAUUUAUAUGCAAUACCUGAAUUAUAAUUGAUCAAAGUAUUCCAAACUACCUCCAGCUUAAAUCCUUUAACUUCUCAAUAUGACCUUGGAUGGCUCAAUUGUAAUUUAAUAGCUGCUGGUACUAACAAAGGUGAUUUGUUGAUUUGGCAUAUCCAAAAAUCAAGUAGGCCAAUUGAGUCUUAUUAAAUAUCAGAUAAUGCUAAUGAAUUGUCUUGUAUAAAAUUUCAUCCUACUAAAAAUUAACUCUGGGUGUAUUCGCCAAAGGAUUCAAGAAAACAACCAUCAUAAUAGCAGUAAACAACUGAGGAUUUAAGAGCCCAACUAUUAUAAUCAAGGCAUUAAUACUAAAGAUAAUCAGGAGGGAUGCAAUAAAUAUUAACUCUUUUAUAGAUAAUUGCUAGAUAAGAUCAAAAUAAUAGCAUUCGAUAAUCAAUGUAGUAGGAAGAAAAGGAAAGCAGUGAUGAAGAUAUGUGA